AUGUCGUCUAAGUAGUAGAAAAAAACAGGUACAUCAAAAUCUAAAAAAGAUGAAAAUGAAGCAUCUAUUUAGGAACAACCUAUUGAUUCUUCUAUACAAUAAGCAGCUAUGUUAACUAUAUCUCCAUUAUCUGAUGAUUUAAGUUUGAAUAAACUCCAUCAUAGCCUUGUUCUUAAUUAUUUUAGAGAAAUGAGUUUAAAUUAAGUAGUCAGUCUUGGAAGUGUAUUAACUUUUUCAAUAUAUGGGAAAAAGCAUUCUUUUAGGGUCGUUCACAUAGUUUCAGCUUCUUAAUAAAAUUCUCAAUAAAACUAAAGCAGUGAAGCUAAAUAGCAACAAGAAAGCAAGGAAAUUUAAGAAAAUAAAUUUUUGAUAACUAAGAAAACAACUUUUAAGUUAGCUGAAUUAUAAGAGACUUAGAAUGAAAACGAAGAAUCAAAAGAAUAGUUACAAGCAUAAUAGAGUGUUUAAUAAGAGUUAAUAUUACUAGCUGGAGUUUCCAAAUAGUAGGAAGAAUUAGAAAAUUACUUGAAGCUUUCUCUUUUCUAAUAUGAAGGAUUUAAAGAUUUAGGUUUCUCACCUGUUAAGGGUAUUCUUCUAAGUGGACCCUCUGGUACAGGAAAAACUUAAAUGAUAAAAAAGAUGAGUUAAAAGAUGAAUGAAGUAAAGUUUGUUUUAGUUGAAACUAAAUAGUUUUUAAGUAGACUAGUGGGUGAAGGUGAGAAAAAAGUUGAAUAAUAUUUCAAUUUAAGUAAAAGAAGUGGAGAACCUACAGUGUUAUUUUUUGAUGAUAUACAUAUUAUUUGUGAUAAAUCUAAUAAAGGUUUAGUCAGUACAUUGAUUAAUGAAAUUGACAAGUUAAAGCAAACAGAUAGAGUAGUUGUUGUUUGUGCAACUUCUCAAAUUAAAAAGAUAGACGAAAAUUUAAAAAGGGCAGGACGUCUUGACAAAGAAAUUAAUUUUGAAGUACCAAAAGUUUAAGAAAGAUGUGAUAUACUCAAUUGUUACUUGGAAAGAACUAAACAUAAUUUAAAUUAAGACGACAUUUUAGAAAUUAAUUUGUAAAUGAAUGGCUUUACAGGAGCAGAUGUAGUAAGCCUUUUAAGAGAAACAUUGCUUGAGAGAGUGAAAGAAUAAAAGGAGAUUAUUGAAAAGAAUCAUUUUGAAAAUGCUCUUUAAAAUGUUCAUGCUAGUGGAGUUAAAGAUAUUCUUAUGGAAAUACCAAAGGUAUAUUGGAGAGAUAUUGGUGGCUAUUUAGAAGUCAAAGAUUAGAUUAAGCAGGUUAUAGAAUGGCCACUAAAACACCCAGAUGCUUUUAAGAGAAUGGGUAUUUAGCCUUCAAAAGGUAUACUCUUAUAUGGACCUCCUGGUUGCUCAAAAACUAUGAUAGCAAAGGCUAUUGCUACUGAAAGUAAGUUGAAUUUCUUAGCUGUUAAAGGGCCAGAGCUUUUUAGCAAGUAUGUUGGUGAUUCAGAAAAAGCUAUUAGGGAAGUAUUUAGAAGAGCUCGUUUGUGUGCUCCUUCUGUUAUAUUUUUUGAUGAAAUAGAUGCUAUAGCUACUUAGAGAUCAGUCAAUACUGAUGUUUCUGAAAGAGUAUUGAUUUAAAUGCUUACUGAAAUGGACGGUUUUGAAGGAUUAAAAAAUGUUGUCAUAGUUGCUGCUACAAAUAGACCUGAAAUAAUUGAUAAAGCUUUAACAAGACCAGGACGUUUUGAUCACUUAAUUUAUGUUCCUCCACCUGAUAUUGAUUGUCGUCGUGAAAUUUUAAAGAUUAAUAUUUUGGGAAAUAAAAUGCCUGUAAAAGAAGGAGACUUAGAUAUAGAAGAAUUAUCUAAGAUGACUGAUGGAUAUUCUGGUGCUGAAAUAACUCUGAUAGUAAGAGAAGCUGGUUUGCAUGCUCUGACUAGAGACAUCUACUAAGCCUAAGUCACUAAAGAAGACUUUAUUAAUGCCAUAUCUAAAGUUAAACCUAGAAUAACUUUAGAGAUGUUACAAAAAUAUAAAAAUUUUGCAAAUAAUCUCAAAUUCUUUUGA